CAUAAAAAACUUUUAUAAUAUAACAAUAAAAAAUAAUAAAAAUGAACAAUGAAAAAUUAGAAUAAUUGUAAAAAUACAAAAAUUAAAUAAAUCCUGUAUUUGAGAAAUUAAUUUUAGAUUUAAUAAAAGAAAUGCCUCAAGAUCAUGUAAGAGAAAUAUAAAUAAAAACUUAAAAAAAAAAAAAAAAAGAUUAAAUUUAUCAUUGAUUGGUUGGAAUCAAAAGGAAAAUAAUAAGACCUUGAAAUAUAAAAAUAACCAAUAAAAAUUUUUAAACAAUUAGAAGAAGAAGAAGAAAAUUAUCAUUAAUAAUUUUUUUCCCCAAAAGGUAAACCUGCAAUUCAAGAUUUAUUACAUAAAUCCGAUGAUGAAGAAGAUGAUGAAGAAGAGUUAUUUGACGAAACUUAAAUAAAAAGAUAAGCAAGUUAAAAACCCGUAAAAAAUAUGCGAACCAGUGUCAGUGCUGAAGUAUAUGGAAAUUUUAAUUAGAAGAAGUCCUAUUUUGCAAAAGUAAUAUAAAAAGAUUAAGAUUCAAAAAAACGAAUUGAACACAGGUUAAUGCAAGCAUUUAUGUUUUCUGCUUUGGAUGAGAAAGAAAGAGAAAUAGUUAUAAAUGCAAUGGAAGAAGUACGUUUUGCGGCCGGAGAAUGGGUAAUAAAACAAGGGGAGGAUGGAGAUAAUUUAUAUGUUGUAGAUUCAGGAGAGUUAGAUUGUUUUAAAAAGUUUAAUAAAAAUUCAGAUGAAAACACUUAUUUAAAAACAUAUAAACCAGGUGAAGCUUUUGGAGAAUUAGCUUUACUUUAUAAUGCACCAAGGGCAGCUUCUAUAUAGGCUAAAGUAGAUAGCUUGUUAUUUAGAUUAGAUAGGGAAUGCUUUAAUAAUAUUGUUAAAGAUUCUACAUUUAAGAAAAGAGAAAGAAUGGAAUAUACUUUGAAAAAAGUUCAACUUUUGGAAUGUAUGGAUCCUUAUGAAUUAACUAAUUUAUGUGAUGGUAUGAAAGACAUUAAAUAUAAAGCUGGUGAAUAUAUUAUUAGAGAAGGAGAAGUUGGAAAUAAUUUUUAUAUUGUGGAAAGUGGAAAUUUAAAAGCUUCAAAAACUGACAAAAAUGGAAAAGAAGAGACUGUUUAUGAAUAUAAAGAAGGUGACUACUUUGGUGAAUUGGCUCUUGUCAAUAAUGUUCCAAGAUAGGCUAAUGUUAUUGCACUAGAUGAUUGUAAAUUACUUUAUUUAGACAGUGAUAGCUUUAAAAGAUUAUUGGGGCCUAUAGAGGGUAUUCUUUAGAGGAAUUAAGAAAGAUAUUAGAAAUAUGUUAGAAAAGACAAUUGAAUUGAUAAUAUUUAAAAAUUUAAUAUUUUACUAUUAUUACUUUAU